AUGGCUCAAGGAAAGUUAAAAGUAAAAAGCAAAUUGCCAUCUGGUGCAAAAGUAAAGAAAAACAAAGGGAAAGCUGUAACAAAACGCAGCAAUGCACCUAAACCUAGCAAGACCAAUAAAGCCAUUGAGCGUAAUAAAAUGAAGGCCAAAGUAACGAAGAUGGUGAACGCAGUAGCUGAACAGCAACUCCGUGCCCUGGCUACUGACAAUCCAAAGCUGUCAGCUGCACAACAAAGAGUUGCUGCAGCGCCAACUGCACCAGCGCCUGCCAAA